UCUAGGCACAUAAUUGCUUGCACUAAACCGAGGCGAUUCGGAAAAGGUCGGUCUCCUAACGCUCCGACAAAUCGCUGGCCAACAAAUAAAUAUAAAAACCUGGACGAAUUCAAUCUUGUUGUUUUGUGAAUCAAUCUCCCCACUUCCUACCCAGAUCAUUAAUCUCUUCUCUCGAAAACCAACAACAAAGAAUCAUCAAUCUCUUACAGGAAGAUAAGAAUACAGAACCAAGAAACUGCGCGAUUUUAGGGUUUCAAGUAUUGAUUAAAUAUGGGGGGUCAUGGAGGUCUAAAUAUUCUCCCUCAGAAGAGUUGGAACGUGUACAAUUUUGAUAAUAGAGAGAAAGUGAAGAAAGAUGAAGAAGAAGCAGCCAAAGAAGAGCAGCUCAAGCGAGAACAGUCUAGGAAACGAGAUACUGAAUUUCGUCUAGACAAAUUAAGAGCUUCCAAGGGUUUACCUCCUAAGGUUGCUGCCACUGGUGAAGCAAGUGCGUCGACUGCGGUAGAAUCAAAGAAGUCAAAUCACAUCAAUCUCUUUGAAGGCUUGAAGAUAUUUCCUUUAGGAGGUGCUAAAGAAGAAGUAGAUGAUCAGGGUAGGAAGAUGAAGAAAAGAUUAAAGAAGGAGGAAGUACCCAAAGUUUUGUUGCCAGAGGAUGAAGUAUACAGGUUUGGUUGUGGUGUUGCUGGUAAAGGUGUAAAGGCACCAUGGUACGUCUCUAAACCGUCCAGUGAUGUUCCUGUUAGAGAUUCUAGUCCCUCGGUAUCAGGGAAACGGGAGGGAAGUAAAAACUCUGGAAAAAAGACUUUGGAGGAACUGAGGGAAGAGCGAUUGAAUAGGGAGACGAAGGAGAGGGAGCGUGCUUUGAUGUUAGAGAAGAACAGGCAAAGAAAUGGAGCUGCAACGAGAGUGCGAUUUUCAAGGUAAAACUAGUUCAUUAAUUUCUGAAUGACACAUCGUUCUGCAAAACUCUUCUUCUUUGUUGCAAUACACACAUGAUGUACAUUUUUGUAAACUGGAGGAGUUCUGCUGUGGCUUUGCUUGUAUUAGAACUGCUGUCAUAACAAUUAGCUGCUUCUUCUGAGAGUUCGGAAAUCUGAAAGCCGUGUUACGUUUUUUCUUUUUCUUUUUCUUUUUUUCCUUCAACCACAGUCGUGAUUUAAUAUUUGUCUUCAACCACAGAAUUUGCAUAA